GGGUACCAUUCCUACUUUGUAUCCUCACAUAACCUCACUCACUCAAAAAUCAAAAGUUUAGUUUUCUUUGGUUUUUAAUAGCUAAUUAAUGGGGCAGGGGAGAGGCAGUGCAAGUGUAGCCGUGGUGAUAAUGGUUGCACUACUGGGUUUGAUGAUGGCUGAUCAAGUUUAUGGUGCAACUUACACUGUCGGUGGCUCUGCUGGUUGGACUUUCAAUUUAGAUACCUGGCCUAAAGGCAAACGUUUUAGAGCUGGUGAUUCACUUGUAUUCAACUAUGAUUCAACAGUACACAAUGUGGUAGCAGUGAACAGAGGUGGUUAUACAAGCUGCAGUGCACCAGCAGGUGCCAAAAUGUACAAAUCAGGUCAAGAUCAGAUAAAGCUGGUGAAGGGACAAAACUUCUUCAUUUGCAGUAUUGUUGGCCACUGUCAGUCUGGCAUGAAAAUUGCUAUUACUGCUACUUGAACUUCAUUAGUCAACUGUUUGUAUACCUUAAUUUAGGAUUGUGUUGUGUUCCUUAAUUAUGUGUGGUUUUGUUUAAAUUAUGUAUGUAGCAGUAAGAGUUGGGUGUACUUGCUAGAAUAAGUAUGUUUCUUUCAUAUAUGUUGUUUAUAGCUACUAUUAAAUAAGUAAUAUGGAUUUGUUUAA